AUGGAAGGAAGAACCAACUCCUGCUGCUUCUUCUUAAUCGUUCUUUUAAUUAGAAUGGUUCCGGGUUAUACCUCAACAGUAAAUUAUGCCGAUCCCACCCUCAUGCCCCUAGCACAGGAGGAAACCAUUGCCAGGCAAAGAAUUAUAAACUCACAGUUCAAAUGUUACGAGAAAAUGAAAAGGGACACGCCAUAUUCAAAGUCAGGUCUAUAUUGUAACCGCACCUGGGAUGGGUGGCUUUGCUGGGACGACUCUCCGGCCGGACAUAAUAUUACCCAGAACUGUCCAGACUAUUUUGCAGAUUUUGAUCCUACAGAAAAAGCAUCAAAAUACUGUGAUGAAAAGGGAAACUGGUUUCAGCACCCUGAGACAGCCGACACCAGGCGCAAUGUGAGCUCGCAGCGGCUGAAUGCCUACAUCCUUUACUACAUGGCAAUAGUCGGACAUGCCCUGUCUAUUGUCUCCCUGCUAAUUUCCCUUGGAAUUUUCUUCUACUUCAAGAGCCUAAGCUGUCAGAGGAUUACACUUCAUAAAAACUUGUUUUUCUCCUAUGUCCUGAAUUCCUUGUUUACUAUCGUCCAUCUUACAGCUGUGGUCCCAGAUUUGGACCUGGUGAAAAGAGACCCGGUCAGCUGCAAAGUCCUGCAGUUCUUUCAUCAGUAUAUGCUGGGCUGUAAUUAUUUCUGGAUGCUGUGCGAGGGCAUUUACCUCCAUACGUUAAUAGUGGUGGCCGUGUUUGCUGAAGAGCAGCAUCUGCAUUGGUAUUACCUCCUGGGAUGGGGGUUCCCUUUAGUGCCUACAUCCAUUCAUGCUUUUGCAAGGACAAAGUACUUUAAUGACAAUGCAGGUCCGUACAGGUGCAGGUUUCCCCCAGAUUGGACACAGACAGGAUCCAUCCUGUCAGCGUACGAGUACACUCACCCGCAACCAAACAGAUGUGCAGGGCGGGUUAACUUGUUUUUCCUUCUGAACAUUGUACUAGUGCUUGUGACGAAGUUACGAGACACUCAUCGAGCCGAGUCUAACAUGUACAUGAAAGCAGUACGAGCCACCUUAAUUCUGGUGCCAUUGUUAGGGAUCCAAUUUGUUAUAUUUCCAUGGCGGCCGGAGAACCGACUGGCGGGGGAAAUUUAUGAUUAUAUCAUGCACAUAUUGAUGCAUUAUCAGGGAUUACUUGUGGCCACGAUCUUCUGUUUCUUUAACGGAGAGGUACAAGGAGCACUCAAGAGGCAGUGGAUGCAAUAUAAAACUCAAUGGGGACAAAGACGUCGAGAACAUUGUUCUAUGCGUUCCACUUCCUAUACCGCAACGUCUAUAACAGAAGUUCCCAUUUACUUGUACCCCCAUGACUCCAACAGUGAACAAUUAAAUGGGAGAUACGGAAAUGACUCUGAAAUCACUGCACUUAACUCUGGGGAUACGUACGCUUGAACUGAAUUGACACAAAUAGACGUUCCUCUAAAACCUUGAGAUCUGCUCCUCAAUGGAAUAAAAGCCUUUACAUAAGUUUCAAUAAGGUGACUUCUUUCUGGGGUCAGCUACUCCCAA